AUGGCGGCCCAAACUAUCAUACCUCUGUUUGCCAACAACUCCAACAUGGCUGGGCCAUCACCUUGCUCGCGUUUGCUGUACACGAUCAUCCCAUCACCCUACACUCCUCGCACCUUGAGGGAUCUUCUGCGAGCUUGGGUGGACGACCUGAACAAAUUGGCGACGAACUGGUGGGACCUGAAGGGGUCCUUCAAGCGACUCCGGCCUGAAGACGUGAACCCGGAGCCAUACAAGCGAGACCAUCGGUCUCCGUUGCGUGAUUUGUUAUUUUUGAGGGGCGAUGCCAAGUACAUAAGAAUCGAUCCUGCUCACACAUUUGCCAUCGACGGCGUUGGCAAAAGUUACUAUGCCAGCGCAGUGGUACUUCUCAUGAUGAUGGGUUGGUUUGGUGGGAGCAAUCACGAUGAACGAUUCAAAAAUGCUUAUUCCCGCUUCAUGGCUUUUUGCGCUGCCCACGGAAAGAGUACUUCGAUUCAUGACUUUAGCUUCAAGACGUUCAAACUUCCAGUUGGCUCGCUACGUGCGUACCCUCGCGGUCUUGGCAAAGGACAUGACGCAGCAAUCUUGGGAUCCUGGCUGGACCAGGAGCUCCAGCAGAUCGAUGUGGCCUUGGUGGCUCCAGAAUUUCGAGACAUGAUUGCAGUUCUGAAAUGGAGCUGUGCAGCAAUCAACAGAUUCUGGAGAGCCAUUUAUGGGAACGGCAUUUGGCUGCACCGGACCGUGGCAGCACAAAUUGUGCAAGAUGGCUGGGCUUGGAUCGAUGGAUACUGUACUCUUGCAGCCCUGACAUCAAAAGCUGGGAUCUUGGGGUUCCAACUUCGACCUAAGCUACACAUGAUGGGUCAUUUACUGCUCGAUUUGCAGUACGACAUGGCCAAGGGUGCAGAGUAUCUGAUCAAUGCAUCAGUACAUUCAACUUGGACCGAUGAAGACUUCAUCGGUCGCAUUUCGCGAAUAUCCCGUAGAACUCAUGUGCUGUCUGCAGCUCGAAACACGCUGCUAAGGGCAUUGGGAUUUUACAGACGCCAGUUUGGGAACUUUUUUGACCCUGCGUACUUGCACAACUCAGACUCUUAG